AACCCGGGAAAUACAAGUAACAACAGCUGAGGAAGCUAUGAUUGGUUAAAUUUGAUUUUCAGUUAGUGGUCCGACUUCCGAGCAUUCCUGAAAAACAAAGGGAGGCAGAGACGCAGACGCAAAGCAACAACAAUGGCGACGAGCGGGAGAGAAAGGGAUCUCGAGCUCCUCAUCCCAGUCGCUGCCGUUUCCGAAAACGGAGGAGAUUCCAAAUCCUCCUCCCCACCAAACUCCCCACCUCCCACCACCUCCCAUUCCCAUCAUCAAACUGGCCGCGAGGCAUUUUCGAAAGUAAUUCGGAGCUGGGCUUCAAAGAAGUUUAUGACUGGAUGUGUCAUUCUUCUUCCAAUAGCUAUUACGUUCUACAUCACAUGGGCUUUCAUUAAAUUUGUUGAUGGUUUAUUCUCCCCAGUCUACAAUCACCUCGGAAUCAAUAUUUUCGGUCUUGGAUUUGCCACCUCCCUCGCCUUCAUCUUCUUAGUCGGCGUUUUCAUGCAGUCGUGGUUGGGAACUUCUGUUCUUACUCUAUGGGAGUGGUUUAUUACGAAAAUGCCACUUCUAAGCUAUAUCUAUGCUGCAUCAAAGCAAAUUAGCACAGCAAUAUCACCAGAUCAGAGCAUAAACGCCUUCAAGGAAGUGGCGAUCAUAAGGCAUCCAAGAAUCGGGGAGUAUGCAUUAGGGUUUAUCACUUCAACAGUUGUUCUUGAUCAAAGAAACGUAGGAGAAGAGCUAUGCUGCGUUUAUGUACCUACCAACCAUCUUUAUCUGGGAGACAUUUUUCUGAUCAGUCCCAAGGAUAUUCUGAGACCAAAUCUGUCGGUUGGAGAGGGGAUUGAAAUUGUCAUCUCAGGAGGUCUGUCGAUACCGCAACUUUUAACUACGAUGGAUGCACAAGUCCUUACACCCAGAAGAGUUCCCCACUUCGAAGAGCCAAAAGUAUGAUGAUGCGUUUCUACAAUGCAGAAGUUGUCAACCUCAGACAAAGUUUUGCAGAGGAAGUUUAGAGGCUCAAACGCGGCCGGAUCGGAUCGGGAAUGGAGGGAAGUACACCAUAGUAGAACUUUGAAAUGCAGUGAAAAACUCAUUUAGAAUCAAAACUAUAAACAUGUAUACAAUGGAAAUAGAAGUCUUUUAAGUACCAUAUAUGAUGAAUUUUAAUUUGUAAAUGUUUCUUUUUAUCUUAGUCCAUUUGGGAUAAUUGUUCCCGUUUUA